AGCUGCUAGGUCAAACAGAAGCACCGGUAGUGCUUCACUGGAACAGGACUGUCUUCUGUGGUUUGCAUGCCCUUUGCCGUUCUCGCCUUUGCGGUUUCCAACUGCGUUUCUUUGUUCGUCGUUGAUUGAAGAAGUUUUCAACUUUAUAUUUAGAUUGCUGUUCCCCCUUUACUCCGCAGCACGCGUUACUGUUAUUUGGCUGCCCUCACUUACGAGACAGUACAAAGAAAGAAAAAAACGGAGCAAACAGAAGUGUCAAGGAAAAAGGAAGGGGUUUUUGAAGGUCUUUCUUUCUUCAGUUUUCUUUUGUUUCCCCGGCGCUCAUCUUACGUUUGUUUGGUUCUGCCGCAUCGUGCGUGUUCAGGGCUCGACUUUUUUUAUUCUCUCUCAAAGAAAAUCUCACCUUGACGGCGCCACGGACCUUUACCAUUAUUAGUAGUGUGAUUUUUGCUGCUGCUAUUCCCACGCAAGCUUUCAACACAGCAACUUUACUUUUCUUUCUCUUGUAAGUUUUUUUUUUGUAGUUCGCGCCGGCGACGCACACGAAUCUUCUUCCCUGCAGGUGUAUCGUCUUUUCUUCUCUCCACUGUAUGCUCCUUUGGCUAUUCUUAUUUUUUUCUGUUUUCAAAGGAGCGCCUGUUGCGAUUCGUGAGCCGAAACGGCCGUGAACACAGCUGGGAAACGUAGGCGUGUUGUAUGCACUUCAACGCGCGCUAUACGAGGUCGGUGACGGCUGAGUUACGAUUCCUCUGAAACGUUUGUUGUAGAGUUUUUCUGUGUUCCUUUGCGCUCUCACUGUGGAUUCCACGGACGCUUCUUGUUGUUCUUCCUCUUUUUCUUUUGGUUUCCGUCGCAGCCGGAGAUAGAUCGCUGACUGUGUUAAUCGCUCUGGAGCGCAGGCUUCACGGGACGCUCUUUCAGUGGUGCGCUCGUCUUUUGUUUUUGAAGAAGAAAGUCAUCUUGCUUAUCGAGGGUGAGUCACGAAAAACGGCACUGUCAAUAUGCCGUUUUCUCCGCCGCGAUUUCGUGCGCAUGGCACCGGCCUACCGUCCGUUUUCCAAGACGCUGGCCAUGGCGAGGCGUCUCCGUUGCUGACGCAGCGAUCCUCUGGUGCACAAGAGCGGAGCAGCGGCAGCCAGCACCGCGGGUCUCCUCGAGGUGCUACCUCGCGCAACAACUCUAGUGAUAUUUCUGAUGCGUCUGCCACCACCGCCGCCUCCUCCUCCCUUUCUGUGAACAACUCGUCUGGCGGUGUGCCGAGCUUCGGCGAGGGGAGUAGCAGCAGCGGCAACGGCGGUGAUUGCAGUCGUGCCCGCAGUGCCGCGAGCGACGAGAACGGCCACAACACGACGGGCAGGGGUAAGGGGUCCAUCUUUGGCACCCCGCCCACUUCCAUCUCGGCGUUUAUUGCUAUCUUUGCCCACUCGGUGGCCCUGCAGUCGUGGACCAGCUACGUGCUGGCGGUGGGCUUUCACGCCUUUCACGUGCUGCUUAUUCUGUCCUUUUUGCUGAGCCCUGUUUUGUUCCGCUCGACUAUUUUCUCCUCGCAGACGAUGGGGAAGGCGCUGCUCGAGGCGCAGGGGGUACUGCAGCACAAGGGCCACGGCGACAAAAACAGAGGAGAUGGCGACAAGAUGACAGCGCAUCGUAACGGCAAUAAUAAGAGCAGCAGCGUGUUGUCUCUUCCUUCAUCUGUAUCGCACGCCCCUGUGUCCAUUGAGAGCGUUUGGUCCAUACACGACGCGGUAUUCUUCCUCGAGCCGGGCCACGUGGUGAUGCCAACCACCAUAGAAAACAGCUUCGGCUCUCUUCGCCGCCGAAAGAACCACAAGAAGGGGAACUCGAAGGAUAAGAAGAACGCGAAGGGCGGUUCAAGAGACGAUGGAGAUGGCAAGACAAAUGCUGGUGCGACAGGGAAUACCAAGAGCAGCAACAGCAUGGACAACAACAAUAAUGAUGAUGACGAUGCUAAGAAAGGGAAUGAUGAGUAUGACACCCACGCGUACAUCGUGCCGCAUGACAAUGGCGGCGGCGGUGGCGACGGAGGAACUCCUGUGGAGUUGCGGGCCGUCAAACCACGGCUUUCGAAGCCAGCUGUAAACGGAGUGAAGGCGGCGCAGGUCGGCGAGGACAGGGCCGGAGGUGAGGGGCCUUUUUAUAACUUUGCGGCUCCUCCACCGGUCGCCCCGAAGCUGCCGCUGUCGCAGCGGAAGAGCGCCACCCACGGCAGGGCCACGCUGUCGAAGAUCCUCAGCGCCUGGGAGGCCUCGCCGCUGUACUCCUCUCCGCUAGCGUUGACCUUCUACUACUACCUCUAUUGCAUUGGCUGCAUCAUCCUUCUCUUAACGGCGACGGAUGGCAUGCUGACGGGGCACUUCUCUGUGUUGCGACUUGCCGUCUCGCUCGCGGAGCUGCUGUGGUACGUUCACCACGGUGCCCAUGCCUUUGUGAUCUACUGCUGGAUGUGCCUCCUGUCGCACUGGCCGUACUACGCCCCGUACUCGGCGAGCGACGCCGCCUUUCUACGCCACGGCACCCCGUACGCGGUGGUGUCGAAGCAGAACGGGGAGGUGGCCAUGUACUGGUUCUACCGCGCCAGCCCCGGCGGCGGAAACGGUCAUGUUGGAAAAAUGGAAGAUCGGAUUCUCGUGAGCGAGAUGAACGUGCAGCACUACCUCUAUGACCAGGCGUGGUACCUGCAGCCCGUCGCGUCCACCAUAGCGGGGGCCUUUCUCGUCUUGCUGUCCCUCUGCGUGGCCCGAGAUCUGCACCGCAUGCUGGACGCCGUCGUGGGCGUGCGGGUGCUGAUGGAGCCGGAGGGCUGCGUGCGAUGCCCGCUGUGCGGCGAGCUGAUGGAGCUCUGCCAGCAGCACCGCGAUCAUCGUGGGAAGUCCAUCUAUCAGUCCGCGCGGGAAGGGACCUCGUUGUCGGUGCGGCGAACGAUGUGGUGGUGGCGGUGGCUCCGCAGUGCGGUGCGGGGCAGCAGCAGCGGCCAUCGCGUGCACACACCCCGUCUGCACAGCCCGCUGUGGCGCUGGCUGCUGCCUAGCUGGUGCGGUGGGGGUCCGCAAAGGGUGGGGGGAGGUGUGAUCAUCGCGGAUUUAAACGGCAAUAUAUCGUCGUCGACGGCGCUCUCCACGAGCGAUGACACACCCUACGCCGUGACGGAUACGCUGGAGGACAUCGAGUUUUACGAGCAGUCCGCCGUGCGACAGAGCGCGGUGGCCCCGCAGGACACCGUGACGGAGGAGACGGCGCACCUGAUGCGGUGGCUGACCGCCGCGCCCCGCGCAGACACGUCGGUAGCGGUGCCCGUAAAAAGCGAGCGCAGCUCCUCGGACGGCAGCGAGGCCGCCGACGCACUGGGCAUCGGCUCGUCCGGGUCGUCAUCGGAGGACGAGGUGGAGGAGGGGUUGGUGAAGGCGGUGCCGGCCGCCGCAGCAACCGGAUCAACACGACGACGUCCAAGGACGAAAGCCACAGCGGGGCCGCGCGACACCACGCACUCGUCGACGCCGUUGCGUAGUCAAAAGAGUCUGAUGCGGCCCCGCCACGGCGGCAGCGGCUCGCGCCAUCGCCAUCGCUCUCACACCCGCUCCACCGGUUCGACGGCCAGCAGCAGCGGCAGUCCGCAGCAGACCCGGCCCCGCCGUGUGAGCCGCUUUACGGAGGAGGUGCUCUACUGGAACUACGCCACCCGCCACGUCCACCACCGCUGCCCGAAGCUGUACCUCGACGCCCCGGAGGCCACCGACGACGAGGACGAUGACACGGACAGCGAGGACACCAACUCAACCGGCGGCACCAGCGAGGGGGGUUCAUGCUCCUCCGCCUCCGCUUCAUCCGCCGCGGGCUCGUCGGUUGUGGCGAGCACGUCGACGGGAACGGCAGGUGCAACUCGAGAAGAGAAGCGGGGGGCUGGCACUUCUGCAGCUGCCUCGACUCGCGCUCAUAUCGGUGAUGCCCCCGCCACGGCAAGCCGCGCCAACUUCUCUGAUCGCGGGCUGCGCCGUUCGCUCUCGCCACGCGCGACCGCCAACCGCGAACAGCCCAACGCGCCCUCUCAGCAGGCAGCACGGUCGGGAUCACAGGGAGGGGAGGGGCGACAGCUGGUGCGUCGCGACGUCGCGCAGCAACCACAGCAGCCACAGCCGGCGCUGCAGCGAACGACGUCUGCCCCCCUCGGCGGAUCAGCAAAGGGAGGCGGCGGCAGUGGUGAUGGCACCAUGCACAAGGCAGGCGCCAGCAAUACCAACAAUAGGAAGAAUCCGAACGUCCCUCGCAACUACGGCACCAUCGGCCCCAACUUUUCGGAGUCUCCAUCGCAGCUGUACUCCCGUGGGCCGCAGCCGGAGGCGCCGGCGAAUCACAUUGUACAGCGGGGCGUGUACGACCCAACCAAAGACGAGGAGGACGAGUUCCGGCCUGGCAACGCCUUCCAGUCCUUUGACCGGGCAGGGUGGCUGUCGCGGCUCACCUACAGCUGGCUCAAUCCGCUGCUGACGUUUGGCUUGUUGGAGCCGACGCUGCUGCGGCAGGAGCGCUUCCUGCCCGCGCUACCGGAGCAGCUGCUGUCGCUGGACAACAUUGCCGUGCCGGCGUGGCGGCUGUGGGUGCAUCGCAAGGCGUGGUACGCCAACUACGUGGCGAAGCCCGGCGAGCUGCUCAUCCCCAGCAAUGAGGCGAUGGAGCGGGCGGAGGAGCAGGUGAUGUCCUUUGCCGACCUGCGCGACGCAGAGAUCAGCGGCGGCGACGGCGACGACACGGAAAGCUCUGAGGGCAAGCAGACCGUUGUCAUGCUGGGCCACACAUCGCUGAAGCAGGCGGCGAAGUUCCGCCCCCAGCGGGCAAAGCGCUCGUGGGAGGAGCGCCUGUUGUGGAGCGUGACCGCGCCGAUUCGGUUUCUUCUUGUCUUUCUCUUUUACUACACAUACAUCGGCACUUCCCGCACGGUGCGCCGGACGCGACGGCGGCUGGUGCGGGAGCUGCUGAAAGACCGCCUGGUAGCGGCGGCGGAAGACAUGUAUGAUGAGAACGGCUACCGGGCAAUGGAGGCGAAUGAAGCACUGGAGGAGGCGACGUUGGCGCUGGCCGAGAUGGCCUCUUCGUGCGGCAGCAGCGCAGCGGCCCCUUCUGCAGGCUCUGCGCUGCCCACGCACAUGCGCCGUCAGCUCGCGCUGAGUGACGUGAGCCUGUACUACCUCUUCCUCGAGCACCGCUGCGGGCGCCGCUUUCUGCUCAUCGCCGCUCCCCUGCUGCUCCUCAGCGAAUUGCUGAUGCUGUCUGUGGUGCCGGUGCUGGCGGUUUUUGUGCUGUUUUUGCAGAAGGUGGACACGAUUGAACUGCUGCCUGGCCGUCGCGAGACUCCCAGUGACCAGGAGAACGUCAGCGCCGCGCUCGCCCUCGCCGCGCUGCUGGGCAUGCUGGUCCUGCUGCAGGGCGUUGCACAGGGCGCGUACCGGAGUCAGGUGCAGCAGGCGGCGAUGGAGGCCCGCACCUGCGUCCGUGCGAUGGUGCUAGAGAAGACGCUCGCCCUGCCGCUGGCGCAACGCGUCUUCAGUGAGGGCGAGGUCGUCGCCCUCGCCACGGAGGAGGCGACGCGCGUCGCGACGUGUCUCGUCUCGCUCCACCACACGUGGUCCUGCCCGCUGCGGGUGGUGCUGCUGUCGCUGCUGCUGGGCUACUACCUGGGGUGGGCCGCCGCGGCGGUGGCGUGUGUGGGGCCGCUCUUGACGGUGCCGUGGCUGCGUCACGCGUCGCACGAGACCCGGCAGCAUCGACACACGGCCCAAGAAGUGACGAAGCUGCGUCUCUCUCUGCUGCAGCUGACACUCGCGCACAUCCGGGAGGUGAAGGGGAUGCUGCUGGAGGGCCGGCUGAUACGGCGUCUGCGCAAGGCGCGGCAGGCCGAGGCGUCUAUCGCGGAGGAAGUCGCGAUGGCGGAAGGCACGGCUGGCAUGCUCUCUGGCGGUGUGACGGCGCUGCUGAUGGUCAUCGCCCUUGGUGCGGAGUGUGUCUUCUCGCCGAAGGCACUUCGAGAUAUAGACGUGCUGAUACCGACAUUGGUGAUCUUCAUGCUCAUGACCGCACCGCUGCUGGAGCUGCCGUCGCUCUUUACCGUGGUGGCGCGCGGCUUCUUGUCGAUGAAGCGGAUCGAGGCGUACCUGCGCCAAACACCCGAUGAGUUCGUCGGCACGUGGGUUGACUUGACGACCUUCUCCGCGAUGCAGCAGCAACUUCGUCAGGACAACUCAAGCAGCGCCUUGCUGCACUACCGGCGCGGCAGCGUGGUGUGUCGAGACUCUUCUUUCACCUGGCAGCACGACCUCACCGAGGCGUCGCCUAUGACCCUCCUGCACAACGUGGACGUGUGCGUCGAACCGGGGCAGCUUGUGGUGGUGCAAGGGUCUAUCGGCUGCGGCAAAAGCACGCUGCUGCUGUCCAUCUUGGGCGAGGUAAACCGGUGCGUCACGGCGAGUGGCUCCGUCGACGACAGGGGCAGGGGCAGCGGCAGCGUGACGGACUACGAGUCGGAGAGCUCCUUCUCCGUCGUCUCCGCGUCUGAGGCGGCGGCCCGCGGUGUCUUCGUUGCAUCCCCAACGGAGUCGAGCGACGCACGUCGACGCCGGCGCGCGAGUGACAACAGCGCAAACGCGAACACGAGCGCGUGCAACAAGGUUGGUGCAACUCCCCCCGCAGAGGCGGCGGUGACCCUCACCGCCACCACGGCUGCCACCGCGGCGGCAACGGCUCGGAAUGCGUCGCAGAAGAGCCGGGACGAGUCGAAGAAUCGAACGGCGAGCACCACCUCCCGCAGCGCCGGCACGAAGUCCUCCGCCAGUGAUCGCGAUGCUGCCGACAGCACCGCUGCUCUCACCGAAGCCUCGAAGCUCGCGCCGGCAGGACUGGAGGACGGAGAGAGCAGCACGGGUGGCUUUCUCGUCUUUGGCUCGUGCGCCUACUGCGCGGAGGUUCCGUGGCUGCAGAACGACACGAUUCGCGCGAACAUCAUGUCAAGUGGCGGCGCGGUGCAACUCGAGCGGUGGUACAACACGGUGCUGCGGGCCUGCGCGCUGUGCUCGGACAUCGCUGCUCUCCCGCAGGGCGACGCCACUGUUGUCGGUGAUCGCGGCGAGUUGCUAUCGCUCAGUAUGCGGUGCCGCAUCGCGAUGGCGCGUGCGGUGUACUCCAGGUCACACGUGUACCUCUUCGACAGCGUCCUCUCCCCGCUCGAGCCCGCAAUCCAGGAGCACGUAAUCCGCGAGGUCUUCCACAGGCUGCUGCGCAAGCGCACUGUGAUCUUAGCCAGCAACGUGGGUCUGCGCUCCUUGCGGCCGCACCGGAUCUUCAGUCUGGCCGAGGGCGGCCUUUUGCGAGAGGACACCGAGCUGUACAAAGCGGUCUCCUCGCUAGACGCCCGCAGCGAUGACGGGGACGAGGACGAGGAGAGGGAGGAGGACAAGGAGGAGGGCGAAGGCAACGGCGCAGACGGGUCCUCGCGUAGCACGGCAAGCAACCGGAGCAGCGAUGCGAGCCAAGGCACAGCGGCGCCCCCGCUGCCACCCUUGUAUGCGGAAGAGUUCGCGGAGCCGCAGGAGGUGAGCGAGGUGGAUGUGUCAAAGAACUUUAGCAACGAUCCAGUGGCGGCUGCCACCGCGAUGCUGUUCGACGCCGACGAGGGCUUCCGCCCACGCGACCCGCUGUUCUCCGACUUGGGUGACCGCAACGACAGCUUCGGUAACAGCGGCUCGAACAGCGGGGUGCUGCGGCCACGGCGCACUGUGCACUUCGGUCCCCGCACGCCGACUCGGCCGGACUCGCUUCUCCAGAUGCCGGGCACACCGAGUCAACCCUCGCCAAGGGCCGUCACGCUGCUCCUGCCGGUGGCACCGUUCCCGGAGACAGGAGCGAGGCUGGACGCCUCGGUCACUGCCGCGACGGGGAGCGGGCGGUCGUCGACGCUGCAGCAGAGCGCACCGAUCCCGUCACAGAACGGCAGAGAGAGUAGUACGCACGGCAAUGAGGCACACAGCGACACCUGCAGCGAAACGACGGCGACGACGAGUGAGACAGGCAGCUGCUCCACCGGGCAGUACAUUCGAAAUCACUACGCCCAGCAGCUGGAGCGAGAGAAGCUGCUGCGCCACCGCCACCGCCUGUCCUUCUUUAUCUUCCUACGAUUUAUGGGUGGCCAGGCGAUGUGGCUCCUCUUCACGACGGUCGUUCAGCAGUUUGUGCACAUUGGAAUUGACAUCUGGGCCGCCAUCUGGCUCGCUGUGAUGACGAAUACCAAGAUGACCGCCGCCACGGUAGCAGGGAGCAGCAGUGGUGGCGGCAAUACGACGUCCGUGUACGCCAAAGUGCGCCACCAGCUGUACACCUGGACCGCCGUGACGGACGCGGUGUUUCUGGCCAUCGUGUCGGCGCUCACGGUGCUGACGAUGGUGCUGACACUGCUGCGCACGCGCGCCGUCUACGUCAGCGUCUACGGCACGAUGCACUUCAUUUACAAUCAAAUUGUUCGGCGCAUUUUGCACGCCCCUGCGUCGUACUUCGACAGUCGCAUCAUCGCACUGCUGACACGUGUGCUGGAGAGCGAUGCCGAGGUGGCCGAGUACCACGUGCCCGGGACGGCGGAGGUACUGCUGAGCUGUACGGUGCAGGUCGUCUUUAUAGCCGCGUGGAACUCCGUGGCGAACCCGAUCUUUCUCCUGCUGCUGCCCAUCACCAUCUCCCUAUUUUAUCACAUUUCGCAGCGUCACGCUGUGGUGCUGCGCGAGGUGCGGAAGCUGGAGGCUGGCUCCGUCAGCGGCAUGGCGGAUAUCCUGCGCGAGGUCUACCAGGGCGCCUCCACGGUGCGGUGCAUGGCUCUGCAGGACCGUCUUCGCGAGGAGUACUGCCGUGCACUAGACACGGUGAACACGGCGUCGAUGGUGGCCUACCUGGCCGACCGCUGGGUCGAGCUGCGCCUGCACGUUCUGACCGCCCUUGCCGUGUGCAGUGCGGCGAUGCUGGGCGUCGUCUUCACCUUCGCCUACUCCCGCCCGAGCUUCACCGCCGUCGCGGUCAUCGUGGCGCUGCGAGUGGAGCCGGUCCUGCGCACCGUGUGCCAGAGCCUGGGCAAGUUUGCCGUGACGGAGUGGGUGUCGGUGCAACGUCUCAUGAGCCUGUGGAGUGUGCCGCAGGAGCCGUUGACACUGGAGGGGGAUGCGGACAUGUACAGCUACGGCCAUGUGCGACGGCGAGCCAGUGGGCUCUAUGUGGAGUUGGAGGGGGGACAGGAUGCACCGCUCUUGGACUUCGUGGGCACGCCUUUCAGCUCGCCCAAAACGCUGGCCGCCAUGGGUUUGCAGGAGCAGCAGCAGAAUGGCCAGAAAGGGAGCAAAAGCACAAGGGGCGACAGGCAGCCAGACGCAGGGCGGGGCGAGGGCGACGGCGCCCAGGCCUCCGCCACACCCGUCGCACCGCAGUCCUCGUUGUCCGUUUUUGCCGCCGCCUCGGCCGCCUCGUCGUCGUCUUCCCUGGCUGCCUCGGGCGACAGAGGCGCAGCGCGGCACCCAGCCGGUGAAGGUGCCACCAUGACGCUGCCACUGCUGGAGCUGCGCAACGUCUCUGCGCGUUACCGCACCACUCUCCCGUACGUUCUGCGCCACGUCAACCUCGCCGUCUACCCACGCGAGCGUCUGGGGGUGGUGGGCCACGCCGGGCAAGGGAAGGGCUCGCUCUUCAACGUGCUCAUGCGACUGGUGGAUGUGAUCGAAGGCGGUGGCGUCUUUAUCGACGGCGAGAACGCGGCCAGGGUGCCCUACCCGGCUCUCCGUGGCUGGUUCGGCCUGAUCCCGCAGGACCCGCUGCUGGUGCACGGGUCGUGGCGCAGCAACCUGCUCAUGGGUUACCACCCCGAGUAUCGCGUGUUUGUGGAGAGUGCCAACGGCAAAGGCGGCCGUCCGUCUGUGCCCAUAGCGGCCCUUGACCGACACAAGCGGCCACGUCAGCACCCGCAGCAGCAGCGGGAGAAGGAAAGCGGUGGUGCCGACACGCAUACCACCACGACGACGACCACCGCCACCGCACCGACCUCCCUUGCUUCCCACCUUGCCGGCGGACAGCAGAGUGAAACGACACCGUCGGUAGGGGCGACAGACGGCCAUGAUGGCCAUCGCCCAACGCACCACAGCAGCCACAAUCUGGUCAGCGCAGACGACAGCGCGGUGUCGGUGCAGAUGUCUGACAGCUACGGCAGCACCGACAGCGCACGCGCCUUCGUCGACGGCGACGGGCAGAGCCGUGGUGUGCGCUACAUGGACAGCGUGGAGGAGUACGGACCGAGCCGCGAUGUGGGCGGUGACCUAGGCGAGAAACACAGCAGCGGCAUCGCGGCGACGCUCGCGCGUACUGCACGGCGGGUGCGCGACACCUUCUCUCCUUUCCACCGCCGACGCAAUCGCAGCGGCACGAGCGGCGAUGGUCGACUGGAGCGGACGCUGUCCGGGGAUGCCGGGCCCGCGCGCGGAAACAGCGGAAGUGGUGGUGGUGGUAGAAGUGGCCGCCGUCCUCGUCGUCGUUCCAGCCGGCAGCCGAGUACCAACAGCGGCGCCGUCUCGGGACACCCCGCCGAGGGCCCGCGUGCGCCGAUGGAGGACGCCGCCCUGUGGAACGCGUUGCGUGUCGUGGGCCUGGAUGUGGCGGUGGAGUUCGACGGGGGGCUGGACGCCACGCUGACCGGCGGGGACGUCAUGGAAAUGGACCUGACGGAGUCGCAGUGCCGCCUGCUGUGUCUGGCCCGCGCCGUACUCAACAGGCCGCCGAUCGUGCUGCUCGAGGACGCCGUCCUGUCCGGUGUGGGGGCGCAGACGGAUCGGGUCGUACAGCGGGUACUGGCGAAGGAGUUGCGGGACUCCACGGUGAUUAUCAUCGCCCAUCGCAUGUCGACGGUUUUGAACUUGUGCACACGUGUGGUGGCGAUGGACGGGGGUACGCUGCUGCCCAUUGCGGAUCUGCGGUCUGCCGUGCCGUCCGAGGCGGCGACAGCGCAGGUGGAAGAGGGGACGGGGCUGCCUGCGUCGGGUACGGCCUCACUAACGGGCCUGUCCACACCGCCGCUGACAGCCAGCAUCCACCCAGAUGUGUUGAAACAGCUCUCCUACUACGUGGAGUAA